GCGGUGCUUCAGUGGCAGUGGCUUUCUUCAACAUGGAGUAUGGAAAAUAGCCUGAUUCACUCCCUAUCCAACUGUUCAUGUUCGGGUUAUUCCAUUUCCACAUUUGUACCAUUUUUAAAGUCUUCCUCGAAGAUACCAGCCUGCAGUAUUCGCUAACUAACAUUUUCAAGUACGGUUUGAAUGUAGUAAACUACUAACUACUAAACCGUUACCUCGCUUAUUGCAGUAAAACUGCUGAAACAUUUUUUUAAACUCUUGUUUUUUCCCCCGAAAACGCAACCUCGUAGACAACUUCGACGCUUUCCACAGCGGAGAAGGUGACUUGAGAGAUUGAUCAUUUCUUUAAAAAAAGAAAGAAAAAAAAACUUUUGUAAAGCGCAAGCGGGGAGCAGCGGGGUUACCAGGUGAAAGGUGACGUCACGUUAAUACGUUGGCUCAUAGAAUGCACAAUGCAGCGAGUGUGUCAGCCUCUCUGGGGUCCGUGGGACUGUUGCGUCUUGUUGGGGUGUCCUGGUCCUGGACUCUAGCAGCGGGCCUUGGAGUGUAUCUGGGUACAAGAAGCUGGAAAUACUUCUACAUUGCAGCCAUAACUGCCAAGAGAGACCUCAACGGCCUGUAUGUGUUGUUGAGGGUGAAGCUGGCUUUAUGGCGAUACAUGCGCAGUGGAAGCAAUAUUCCUUCCAUUUUUGCCCAGACAGUAAAACGCCACCCAAAUAAGGCAGCACUGAUCUAUGAGGCCACAGGGGAAACAUGGACCUUCAGCCAGCUUGAUGAGAUCUCUAAUGCAGUGGCCCACUGGGCAAGAAGUCAAGGAUGGGUCUCUGGGGAUGUGGUGGCCCUCUUCUUGGAAAGCAGGCCGUUGCAGGUGGCACUAUGGCUGGGCUUGGCCAAAGUUGGGGUGGAAGCUGCACUUAUCAAUUUCAGCCUGCGCUGUGAUCCUCUCCUGCACUGCAUUGGGGUGUCACAAUCACGUGCAAUUGUGUUUGGAGCUGAGCUUGCUGAAGCCAUGUUGGAGGUUAAUUCUGCCAUCAGCCAGUCCAUGGUACGGUUUUGCACAGGAGACCUUAGUGCAGAACAUCUGGCCUCUCUGGGUGCUCAGCCUCUGGACCCUAUUUUAGCCACUGCAUCUAGACACCCCCCUUCACCUUGUGUCCCCCCCAAAGGCAUGAAUGACCGCCUGUUUUAUAUUUACACCUCCGGAACCACAGGACUGCCUAAGGCUGCUAUUGUGGUACACAGUCGCUACUUCAGAAUUGCUGCUUUUGGGUAUUUUGCCUUUCGCAUGCGCUCUGAUGAUGUUAUGUAUGACUGCCUGCCUCUCUAUCACUCAGCAGGUAAUAUUAUUGGAGUUGGUCAGUGUCUGAUCCAUGGUCUCACCGUGGUAGUGAAGAGAAAAUUUUCUGCCAGCCGCUUCUGGGAUGACUGCAUUAAAUACAACUGUACUGUUGUGCAGUAUAUUGGGGAGAUCUGCCGCUACCUCCUAUCUCAGCCAGUCCGACCAGCUGAGAAGAGCCACAAAGUUCGUCUGGCAGUGGGAAACGGACUGCGACCCAGUGUGUGGGAGGCCUUCACAGAGCGUUUUGGGGUGGCACAGAUCGGCGAGUUCUAUGGAGCAACCGAAUGCAACUGCAGCAUUGCCAACAUGGAUGGCAAAGUGGGAGCUUGUGGGUUCAACAGUCGCAUUCUCCCCAACGUGUAUCCUAUCCGUCUGGUGAGGGUUAACGAGGACACCAUGGAACUUGUUCGGGACAGCCGGGGCCUCUGCGUGCCUUGCCGGCCUGGGGAGCCUGGGCUUCUGGUAGGUCGUAUCAACCAGCAAGACCCAUUACGGCGUUUUGAUGGCUAUGCUAACCAAGAUGCUACAAAGAAGAAGAUCGUUCAAAAUGUCUUCAAGAAAAACGAUUCUGCAUAUUUAUCAGGUGACGUGCUGGUAAUGGACGAACUGGGCUACAUGUACUUCCGUGACCGCAGUGGGGACACUUUCCGCUGGCGAGGGGAAAACGUCUCCACCACUGAGGUGGAGGGCAUACUCAGCAAUCUGCUGGAUCAAACUGAUGUGGCUGUGUUCGGUGUGACUGUGCCAGGUGUGGAAGGUAAAGCAGGCAUGGCUGCCAUUGCAGAUUCUACAGGAAGUUUUGAAUGUCAGGAUUUCUUGCAGAAUAUCCAGCGAGUACUUCCUUCGUAUGCUCGCCCUGUGUUCCUACGAAUCUCCCCACAAGUAGACACUACAGGUACAUUUAAAAUUCAGAAAACCAGGCUGCAGAGGGAGGGAUUUGACCCACGUGUCACAACUGACCAGCUGUACUUUUUGAACAGUAGAGCUGCACGAUACGAGGCCAUGGAUGAGGAGCUCUUCAAUGCUAUAGUGGAGGGAAGAAUGUCUCUAUGAUGUGGUGGGGCUUAGCAGAACAGCCAGAGUGCCUCAGUUAAACGGGCCGAACAGGUGCUGUUUUGAGGGAGUAAAGUAUGCAUGCAGCAAUGUCUGCAACAGUCUGUCUUGGUGCCCCACUGUCUGGAUCAUUCAGGGAACAAAGUUGAGAGGACUACACUAGACAGAGUACUGUUUCAGAUUAUGUUUUAACACUGUAUAAGUAACACACCAGGACAUAAUGUGAGGGCUUGUACUCCAUUUAAUAGCUUUGUUAUAGUUAUUUAAAUGAACACCUCAAAAAGCCUUUGAGCAUCACCGGACAUAGUGUGGAUAUCUUCCACAACCAAUAUGAAAUAGGAGACAUGUUAUGUGUUAAUGUAAAUAAUAAUGUUAGGACAUAAAGGGUAUUACCCAUUUAGGAAAUGCUGUACACUGCAAGGUUAAUCCUGUGUAGGUUUACUACAUUGCUGCUGUGUGUUUGAAUGCGGCUGAGAGACAAGGGUUCAACAUGUGGUCUGAGUAGCUACUAGUUCAAAGGCUAACCAUACUAUCAUUCAUGUUAUUAUUGCAAUGGAAAACUAAUCUCACUUAUCAGAUUUAAAAAUCUGUUUGCACAUGUUUGCAAAUACCCAUAUUAAUAUUUUAUGUGCCUUUUAUGAAACUUGUUUCAUAAACAGUUUUUUAUGAGAGGAUCUCAAAUAAAGCGAAGAUCAGAGGCUAUCCUGUGUCAUGCAAAACUGGGUCACACAUUACAACUGUUAUUUUAUGUAACAAAUUUUGUCAUUGUAGUAAUAUAUAGGUGUUAGGGAUCCAAAAUGCAAAUCACUAGAGUUCAUAUGUUC